CCAUGGCUAGUCGCAAAAUAUUGUUUCUCUAGCCUAUCAUUAUUUUUUAGGACAAGGUGAGAAAUAUUGGUCAGCAGCACAGAUUGUUCUUUUGUUUUUUUCUAAUUGAAAAACGGAGUGCGCGCGUAUGAACGCGCGUGUAUGUGGUGAAGAUGUUUUGCGAAACUUUUUUAAGGAUGAUAUACCUUGGAUGUUUCCUGUUUCUUUGUGGGUUUACGCAUGCCAUUCCAAGUUACCCUAUCUGGUGGUCCCUAGCGGUGGGCCACCAGUACUCGUCCCUGGGCUCCCAGCCCAUCCUGUGUGGCUCCAUCCCUGGCCUGGUGCCCAAACAGCUGCGAUUCUGCCGAAACUACGUGGAGAUCAUGCCUAGUGUGGCCGAGGGGGUGAAGAUCGGCAUCCAGGAGUGCCAGCACCAAUUCAGGGGCCGCCGCUGGAACUGUACCACCAUCAACGACAAGGCCAUCUUUGGACCAGUGCUUGACAAAGCCACCCGGGAGUCAGCAUUCGUUCAUGCCAUUGCCUCAGCGGGGGUGGCGUUCGCAGUGACGCGGUCCUGCGCCGAGGGCUCCGCCACCAUCUGUGGUUGUGACACACGCCACAAGGGCCCACCUGGCGAGGGCUGGAAGUGGGGCGGAUGCAGCGAGGAUGUGGAUUUCGGCAGCAUGGUGUCCCGGGAGUUUGCAGACGCCCGUGAGAACCGGCCUGAUGCUCGCUCCGCCAUGAACCGCCAAAACAACGAGGCGGGACGAACUUCUCUGAACGACAACAUGUUCCUGAAGUGUAAGUGCCAUGGCUUGUCAGGCAGCUGUGAGGUGAAGACGUGCUGGUGGUCCCAGCCUGACUUCAGAGUUAUCGGAGACUACAUGAAGGACAAGUACGACAGCGCAUCAGAGAUGGUGGUGGAGAAGCACAAGGAGUCCCGCGGCUGGGUGGAGACUUUGAGACCCAAGUUCACCUUCUUCAAACCGCCCACGGAGCGAGACCUGGUCUACUACGAGAGCUCGCCCAACUUCUGCGAGCCCAACCCAGAGACAGGCUCUUUCGGGACGCGCGACCGUGUCUGUAACCUGACAUCACACGGCAUCGACGGCUGCGACCUGCUGUGCUGCGGCCGGGGACACAACACCCAGGCGGAGAAACGGAAGGAGAAGUGCCACUGCAUCUUCCACUGGUGCUGCUACGUCAGCUGCCAAGAGUGUGUUCGAGUCUAUGAUGUUCACACCUGCAAAUAGAUAGGCCCUUUGGGACCGCUCUUUCUGCACCUCACCAAAUGUAUUUUUUUUUAAAUACUUCAACGUAUAAAAGAGGAAGCUACUGUACGAGCCAGGCUCAGAGAACUUGAGAGGCUUUGAUUGGACUUUGAUCAAGCAUUAGUUGACUUGUCUGUGGAUUCAGCUACAGUACAGUCACCUAAUAGGCAACCAAGAUGGCGGCCUGUCAUGUGAUGCUGUGGUGUCAGCCGCUCUUAGAAUGCUGAGGUAGUUCUAGAAUACAGAGGUGGACUCAUGGAGGCUCUAUUCAGAAAAUCAACAUGGUUAUGUUGAUGUUGAUGACCACAAUCUCAUCGAUAUGUUGAUGACCACCAUUUCAUCGAUAGAGGCAAAAGAGGAGACCAUUACAGUGAACUAUGAGUAGCCAAGGAGUGACUUUCAGUGACUUCCAGAAAGGUGUUUCAAGGCCUUGGUUUCCUUCCUGACACAACAAAAGAAAACUGUAGGUUGAAUAUGGCUACAUAAACUGUACUGUUGACAAGCAACAUGUUGGUGAAAAGUCUGUAUUCUCUAUGUAGACUCCUUCAUGUAUAGCAGAACAGCACUGUCUAAACCUUUAGGACACCAUACAAUCUAUUUUUCUAAAUAUUAAGUGGCACUCUGCUCUGCUUAUGAGUUCUAUAUUUCUACAAAAAGAGAACAGCCUUUCUGAGCUAUGUUCACAACUUUGUAUGACCAUGGUGCACUCAAAAGCACACAUUCUACUCGAUAUUUGCAGUAUGUAAGUGGUAAAUAACUUUUCAACUGUUUUAUGAUACAUAUAGUGUUAACAUGUUACUAAUGUUGGGAUUAGAAUGCACUUGCACCUAAGUGAAUGUAGUUUUUACAUUUCUGUUUUUACAUUCCCAUGUAUUCUCAAAUCCUGUCUUUUUUAGUCUGUGGUAUGAAGUAGGAUUACUCUGAUCACAAAAAGCACAUGAGCACAAAUCAACCAAAUCAAACAGGUUUGAAAAUCAUUUAUGUUUAUCCCUAUACAAUCUAUCAAUGCCUCGUUGGGAACCCUGCUACAACUGCAAGCUCUUUGAAGAAAGUUUCCAAGAGUUGGCCAUAGAACGAUAGAUGAUAAAAAACAAAGUUUAGCCCAAAGACAAAUGACUUUCAGCUGGAGGAGGAUGAGGUGGUCAGAGAGUCUAAAGUGAGUUUGAAAGUUCAGCACUUGUGUCUAAUUGAAGAGAAUAAAGCUUGUUCUAUUCGUUUUUAUCAGUGUUAGUAACCGUUCAGCAGAACACAGUAUGUGUAUCACCACGUGUCCCGGUGCAGACAGACCCAUGCUAUUUAGUGUUUGAAAAUGAAAAUAUGUGAAAGAGACUGGCCCACUAGUGUAAAUCUGUUUUCAUUAUGCCCAUGAAUGCAUGUAUGCAAUCUUACUGUUUCCUAUCUGUAAGCUAUUACUAACUGUAAUCUGAAAUGCUUCUCAGAGUAUACUUCGUACUUUGUACAGUAUGUUAUGAACAGCAAUCUGAUGUCAAGUGGUAACCCAGCUGUAGUUUCUGUAAAACGAUGACCAAAAUCUGUGUAUCAGAUUCUGAUUCCUGGCUUAUAGAUGUAGGUUCUUAAUUUGAUCACCCUGUUUCAGGAGAACCUUCCUGCAAUACAGGACAUUUCAAACGUGUAGUGUAUUUAAGGUUUAAAAAGGCUUCGGAAGUUUGUAAUUUCCACUUUGAAAUUAGAUUUUCCCAUACAAAAAAUGUAUCAACCACUACAAAAAUGUCCAUUAAUUAUAAUCCACAUAAUAAUUCACAAACUGGUUCAAAUUAAGAUCCUACAUCUGUUUUCUUUCCCCUCCAACCUUACAAACUGCAGCAUCACUGAAACUAUCAAGACUUCCCCUUUGUAUGCUGCUAAUUAUACAUGUAUGUAUGUAUUUAUGUAUGUAUGUAUGUAUGCAUGUAUGUACACUACAUGACCAAUAGUAUGUGGACACCUGCUCGUCAAACAUCUCAUUACAAGUUCAUGGGCAUUAACCCUUUAGAGUCCAAGCCCUGUCUAAGCCGGGGGAUAUAUGUAAUUGUUUUAAGAAGGUCGUACCAAGGAUCAUUUAGCUAUUUGAUUUUGAAUUUUAAGACCCCUUGAAGUAUCCCAAAAAUAUAUUAAACAAAUAUUAGAUGAAAAUGUAUUUUUGACCUUACUGCUUAUAAGCCCAUACAAAUGCGUUGAAUAACAGAUUCACUACAUGGAAGAACAGAUAGUCCCCCAAAAAUAUCAAAAGGAGGAUUGUUUUGAAGUGUCUCUCCUAUAUCUGAGCGAAAUCAGAAAUAUCAGGAAACAUUUGUUAUUCUUUUUUACUUAACCACUUAUUUUUGGCACUAAACAGUCUAAGCCCUGUCUAAGCCAGGGGAAGGGGGUUCUACUAUAAUAAUAAUAAUAUAUGCCAUUUAGCUGACGCUUUUAUCCAAAGCGACUUACAGUCAUGUGUGCAUACAUUCUACGUAUGGGUGGUCCCGGGAAUCGAACCCACUACCCUGGCAUUACAAGCGCCAUGCUCUACCAACUGAGCCACAGAAGGACCACUAAACUAUAUGGAAUUGUUUUAAGGUCAUACCAAGGAUCAUUUAGCUAUUUGAUUUUGAAGUGUAAGACCCAUUGAAGUAUAUAUAGUCAAGAAAAAAAUAUAUAGGGGCCUCCCGAGUGGCACAGUGGUCUAAGGCACAAUGUUGUGGCGUCACUACAGCCUGGGGUUCAAUCCCAGUGUCACAACCAGCCGUGACCAGGAGUCCAAUAGCACGGUGCACAAUAUGCCCAGCGUUGUCCAGUUUAGGGGAGGGUUUGGCCGGGGGGCUUUACUAGCUACAACUUAUCUUGCUCUAGCGACUCCUUGUGGCAGGCCAGGCACCUGCAGGUGCCUGGCCAAGUGGUCAUCUGUUGAAUGGUGUUUCCUCUGACACAUUAGUGCAGCUGGCUUCUGGGUUAAGCAAGCGGGUGUUAAGAAGUGUGGCUUGGUGGGUCAUGUUUCAGAGGACUCAACCUUCACCUCUCCCAAGCCCGUUGCAGAGAUGAGACAAGAUCCUAAUCACAAAAUCGGGGAGAAAAAAGGGGGUAGAAAUUACAAUAAAAAUAUAUAUUUGAUUAAAAUGCAUUUUUGACCUUACUGCUAUUAGCCCAUACAAAUGCAUUGUACGGGGGUUUAUUGUCAUGCUGGUACAUGCAGGGAAUGGCCUUCCCUAAACUGUUGCCACAAAGUUGGAAGCACAGAAUCGUCUAGAAUGCCAUUGUAUGCUGUAGCAUUAAGAUUUCCUUUCACUGAAACUAAUUGGCGUAGCCAAAACCACGAAAAACAGCCCCAGAUCAUUAUUCCUCCUCCACCAAGCUUUACAGUUGACACUAUGCAUUUGGGCAGGUAGCGUUCUCCUAGCAUCCGCCAAACCCAGAUUCGACCGUCGGACUGCCAGAUGGUGAAGUGGGAUUCAUUCCUUCAAAGAACGUGUUUUCACUGCUCCAGAGUCCAAUUGCACCGAGCUUUACACCACUCCAGCCGACGCUUGUUUUUGCAUAUGGUGAUCUUAGGCUUGUGUGCGGCUGCUCGCCCAUGGAAACCCAUUUCAUUAAGCUCCCUGGUGAACAGUUCUUGUGCAAACGUUGCUUCCAGAGGCAGUUUGGAACUCGGUAGUGAGUGUUGUAACCGAGGAGAGGUGAUUGUUACCCGUUACGCGCUUCAGCACUCGGCCGUCCCGUUCUGUGAGCUUGUGGCCUCCCACUUCUUGGUUGAACUGUUGUUGCUCCUAGACAUUCCCAUUUCACAAUAACAGCUUUUACAGUUGACUGGGGCAACUCUAGCAGGGCAGAAAUGUGAUGAACUGAAUUGUUGGAAAGGUUGCAUCCUAUGACGGUGCCACAUUUAAAGUCACUGAGCUCUUCAGUAAGACCAUUCCACUGCCAAUGUUUGUCAAUGCAGAUUGCAUGGCUGUGUGCUCGAUUUUAUACACCUGUCGGCAACGGGUGUGGCUGCAAUAGCCAAAUCCACUAAUUUGAAGGGGUGUUCCACAUACUUUUGUAUAUAUAGUGUAUGUAUGUUAGUUAUUCUUCUUUCUAUGAAAGACAGCGUUUAGAUGUAGGUUGAACAAAAAUGUGAAGUUUUCUACUAAUUCAUUUUGCAUAUAGACUGGAUAGACAUGUACAUGAAUGUUAACCAAAUAGACAUAUUUUGACAAGUAUUGUUUGUUAGUCUGUGUUUCGGUUGGGGAAUCAUGUAUUCACUGGUCCAACUGUGGACUAAAAGUUAUGUAGAGCUUCAGCUUAGAUGAGCUACUGAUUGCUUGAACACAUAUGAAACCUAUAUCACUUACUGCAUAUCAGUACACCUAUGUUAUAUGUGAGAUCAAAUAUAAUAUAAUAUUCAUACCUUUGCGGAACAAAAAUGCGACUACUGAACCUCGAAUCAAGAGUUAUGAAUUCCAUAAGGAGCGAAGAACUUCAGCAAUAAUUUUGUUGGUUCCAGAAGCUCUUGGGAAAUAGGAAAGGUUGAUGGUUGAUUAAAUAGUAAACUAUGUAUUUUCCUGUCAGGCAUGUGUAUCUCUUACCAUGUUCAUCUUCCAUAGACAUCCAUAGACGUAAAAUGCAUUCCUCAUACAAUGACUGUCACUAUGCUGUAUAAAUGAAAACCCCAGAAUGACACAAUCAUGUUUGACAUGAGAUUACUUUUUGACUAUGAUAAACUACUGAGCAUCCAUUUUCGAUACAAUCUGUGCUUUUCUGCAUUUAUAUUUCAGUUCAUGUUUUGUUUGUUUGUUUGUUUUGUCUGUCUGUCUGUGUAGAAAUUUGCUGACGUUCAAAAAAAUGUGUUAUGGUCUUUAAAUCCAAAGUUUUGUACAAAUGUAUUAUUUGCAAUUAUGUAUUUCUAAAGUCUGAUGUUUUUGUAAUGAUUAUUUAUUUUACCGUAACUGUAUAUAUUAGUAAGUAAGAGUAUAUAUUUUAGUUUCCGAGACAGUGUUGUUACUUUUAGCACUGUAACAGUUUUACCUCAAUGUCUGUUUUAUCACUGACUGUACACAGGAUACUGUCUGUAAUAGAUUGAUAGAUGUUAACUUUAGAAUGACAUAAUAAAAAAACAUUAAAAA